UUCAAGCUAAAAGAUGAAAGUUGAUAAUCUAAGAACACGCAUGUGAUUCAUAAUCAAAGCGCAUCAAUAUUAUUUAAACAAAAAUUACUCAACAAUAACUUUGAAAACUACAUAUUUGAACUGAACUUAUUUUUUUUCAGCUAAGUUAGAAAUAUCAUAGGUGAUAGAAAAUGACGACAACAGACGACGAAUCGAGGAGUCUUCGGAUCCAAGAAAAAGAGUCCGAAUCGAAGUCUUCCUUUCAAUCUUUGGCAGUACUCGUCGUGUUCAAUUUACUCCUAGUUUUCACCGGAAUGCAUGUGACGAGUAUAGGUCCAUUCUUUCCGACGGAAGCUCGGGACAGGAAUAUUUCAGUUCCGACUAUCGGACUCAUUGUAGCAAUACUGCAAGUAUCACAGGGAUUAUUUGCCUUUUUAUUUUUACUGACGAUAUCAGAACAGCAGAAAAACAAAGUAGCGUAUAUCGGUUUCGUAUUAUCGGGUACAAUGUGUGUUCUAUUCGGGGAAUCAUACAAUUUAAACUCCAAAAAUUGGUAUGUUUUUGGUUGUUUCCUGACCAGAGUAUUCAUUGGAAUGGGCGGAGCAGCUAAAUGGGCAACAACUGCGCCGAUUUUGAUCCCGUUGUUCCCAGCAAGGGCGGGUGUAAUUUUCAGCGGACUGGAAAUAUCUUUCAACUUUGGCAUGAUGAUUGCACCCCCUCUUUGCAGCUGGCUUUACUCAAUAGGGGGGUAUACAAUUCCUUUUGUUGUUAUCGGAUUUGCUGAGUUAUGCGUUGGUUUUCUCUGUUUUAUAGCCUCUAGGUCUAUUAAAAAACCAGAACUGCUUCGUGAGUCCCAAACAGUUGCAAGUGGCUUUAACUUCAAGCCAGCAGUGCAUUUCUUAUCCCUACCAGGAGUUUGGGCAGUUACUUUUCCUUUUAUGGCUGUUUUAGCCCAGUAUGGGUUUUUGUCUGUGACUCUUGCAGUACAUCUACUCGACACAUUUAACCUCAACGGCUCUCAAUCAGGUUACGUUUUUCUCAUUCACGCAAGUAUGGCCACCUUGACUUCUGUUUUCUAUGGCUAUUUGAUUGACAAGGGGUACUCCAAAGUUACCUUCUUAGUUUGUCUGGCACUUACGGCUCUUGGAUACUUUAUUUUGGCGCUGCCAUUCUUUGGAUUUGACUAUCCGCGCUGGACGUUAUAUGCAGGUCUCAUUGUUCUGGGCAUAUCAUCUAACGGCGGAUUUCUUCCUUGUUAUUUUCUGUUCGAUCUUAUUGGAAAACGCAACAAUUUUCCAUCAGAAGAAAGUUUGAGAUUGUGCAUUUGCUCGUGGAUUACAACAUCCUAUGGUAUUGCGUUGAUUUUCGGCCAAUAUGUGGUGGGGGGAGUGUUCUUCAACUAUUUCGAUUUCUACCAGUCAAGUCUGCUGCUGUCAGUUUUGACUCUCAUUCCUGCAAUUGCAGCAGGAAUUUAUAUUGUGACAUCUGACGUGAAUCAUAAACACCAGUACAACCCCAUCUGAACACUAUUUAGUUAUCUAUAGAAAGCUUUGAUAGUUUGUAAAGGUUAUACUAUAUUAAAUUUUAACAAUUUUCAACUUUUAU